GAUGCCUCUAUCACAGGAGUAACUUUCAGAGCGAGGACGAGUUUCAUAGCGUACCAUUUCAACAAAACCUCAUCUUUCCUGGGGAUUACCUUCAGACUUGAAUUUUCAUCAACAAGUUGCAAGGGUGAUUUGAUACUGGUGACAAGCAUGGACACUGAUAACUUUUUCAAAAUUGUCUUGGACAAUGAAGUUAAGACCACCUUCCAUUACAAGCUUGGAGAUGAAGAUUUUAGCGUAUCGGCGAUAGUUCCUGCAAACAAAUCCUUCUGUGAUGGUCAAAGACAUAUCGUACGAUUUGAACGAUACAAAAAAACAAUCAAGUAUAGUGUGGAUGAUGGUCAAGAAGUACAAACGAACGGGACAGGAAUCACAAUUGGCACUUUUAGUAAGCCAGAUAAGAUUGUCCUUGGAGGAAUUUCCAGCAACAAAUUCGAUGGCUGUGUUUACAGCGCAUCUGUGCUGUUCCACUGGAAAAAAUACCCAAGUAAAAACGUCAAAGUAAAUAUCAUAGAGCGCUAUCUCAAAAAAGAUCCCAGGAUUCGGUCAGGUGCUGUGUUUGUCGGAGCUUGUCCUGAUUCUACAAAAGUAAUUUAUCACAAAAGCCAAGGUAAGCCAGUUAUUUAGUCCAGACAAUCCGUGCAGUAAACAACAGUGGUCUUCCUAGUUGCACGAUAAAAACUCCAUUUUAGGGCAGAGGGUGUCUUUUUGAAGCCUUGAAUAGGACGUGAAUGUUGUUGGUGUGCCGUGUAGUAUAUGGGAUGCACGUGCAGUACAUGUGAGGUACGUAUGCGGUCCAUGUGCGGUCCAUGUGUGGUACAUGUGCAGUACUUACAAUUUCGUUUUUUAAAAUACAAAUUUUAAAUGUCCUUUCUGCACGUAUAAGCUACACGUGGCUCCACAGAGUCAACCAACGAUAAUUCAUAACAGAACAAAAGGGAAGGAUUUCGAAAACACUCCAAAUCGAGAUCAAUUCGGUCAGGUAUAAAAUAAAGGGGUAAGUUUCUAAAGAAACUGUGGUGCUGCGUCGGUGGGAGAGUAUAGCAGGUAAUUUAGUGUUAACAACUGGGUUGAAAACGUAAAUUAGCCACCGUAAAGGGUAAAAAAGCUGACGUUUCGAGCGUUAGCCCUUCGUCAAUCGCUCUGACGAAGGGCUAACGCUCGAAACGUCAGCUUUUUUACCCUUUACGGUGGCUAAUUUACGUUUUCAACCCAGUUGUUAACACUAAAUUACCACGUAUAAAAUAACUUUUCAAUCGACACGCGAAAAUUUUGGAAAUUAAAACCGGAAAUUUUUAUCGAACAGAACACGCCCUAUAGGGCGUUAAUUCAAACAUUUGCAGGUUUCUCCACUUCCAACCUAUUCACGAUCACGUUGGCCAAUACUUUGCGAAAUUUCUACGUGUUUAGUACAGAGCUACUAUUGCAGAACUUACCAUGCAAUUAUAACUUUCAGAAUGUACAAGUUCAAACACAGAUAUCUCCAUAAGCGCUGAGUGGGGUGUGAUUGCAAGUCCUCGCCUCGAAAAUUCAAGUCACAUCAGUCGAUGUUCGUGGCGCAUCUCGGCGCUUUUCAAUCAUCGUUUAAAAUUCACACUGCUGUUCUACAAUGUUAGUAGUUUUGAAUCCUGUUCAAACAGUGAAAUCGUUGUCUUUGACGGCUUAUCUGGUUCCUCGAAUGUUCUGGAAAGAUUCUCUUGUCCCAAGCUAAGCAGAGCAUUGUUCACAAGUGGUCGGCAUAUGAUGGUCGAAGCAACUCUUCCCAUGCAGAAAAAUUAUCUUGAUUUCAUUGCCGUAUAUGAUGUUGUGGGAAUCGACGCAGGUACGUGAAAAGCUAAUUUCAUGAAACAUCGGCAGAUGAACUUUAGAAAGGAAUCAAAAGAUAAGUUUUCAUAUGAUAUUUUCGUAAUGAUAACAUAUUCUAUCAUAUAUUUAAUGUAUAUUAGUGCCCUCGUUUGCAAAAGCGCCCCCUCUCUGACAAGCACACACUGGAAUUGGUUUUUGUUGAUUAGCACCGCUUUGGGCAAGCACCCUAACUCCAGUAAGCGCCCCUAUUUCAAUAAGUACCCCUACUCUGCUUCAGUGAUAGCACUGCUAGCGAGAGUGUAUUCCCUACCAUCAUCAUGCCAAUAUUCACUGUCUAUCAAUUUUUCCUGUCAUUUUUACAGUUUCUGGUUUUUUUUUUCUUUUUGAGUAAAUUACACAUCAAAGCUUUGUUUCGUAAAUUCUGCUGUUUUUCAACUAAUUAAGAAAUAUAAGCUUCUUGUUUCGGCAAGCGACCUCCCUAGUGAUAUCCAAAGUCAAAUAAGCACCCGGUCGCCAAAUCAUUAUUGUAAGUGUACAAACGGCUUUGUUGAGCGAAAUUUGCUAAUGUAAAAUGUUAAAAAAGGAAGGCAGCUUUGAACUAUCUUUGCGGGACUAAAUGCUACGUAAUUACCAGUCAUAAAAUAGUUUAAGCUUUUGAAAGGAAGAGAAUGUGGUUGUCAUACUCAGUGUCUGAAACAGCCAAAGUACCAGUUAUCGGCUACUUCUCUCUUUCUUGACCUCGGUUAUGAUAAUUUAACACCAACUACAAUAGCUUACAUAUAGCAAAAAAAAACUUUCUAAAUUAAGAAUGAUGGUAAAUUUGUACAUAAAUUAUUGAAAUAAAAAUAGAUGUUUUGCGUCUGGAGCGUAGGAGAAUAAAAAAUAAAUUUUGAAUGCUGAUCGGGAAUCAGACCCCUAUGGAGUUCCCUGUGGCUCGGUGUUUGAGCAUCAGAGCACGGAAUCCGAAAGUCUGAGGCUCGGGGCCCGGGUUAUAUUCCUCGUGUAGACUCAAUUAAUUUCCUUUGUUCCUCCUCAUGACACAAAAACAUCUUUCCUUAAAGAAAAUUUUUUUCACUCAUGUUUAUCAAAACGCAAAAUGAACACAGUCCUUAGGUAGGUGGAGGAUGAUAUAGAAAAAAUCUGAACUCAGUUCUUUAUUCAUAACCGAUGUGUGGACCCUUCUUCCCAGGACCUUGUCCAACAAACAAGAAACUGAGUGGCAAGUCUGGUACGAUACAAAGUCCAAAUUUUCCAAAUAAUUAUGAAGUUGAGCAUGACUGCUCCUGGAUAAUAUCAGUGCCACGUGGUUAUCACGUGCUGUUGUCGUUUAACCGAACUGACUUCCACAUACAUUCGUGCAAUAAAACUUGCGAUUGCGACUUCCUUGAGGUCCGUGCCGGAACGACUGCCGGAGGAAUGCUUCUUGGGAAGUUCUGUGGUAGUGACCCUCCGUCUCCCAUCUAUGUUAACGGAAGUGAUAUGUGGCUGCGUUUUGUGAGUAACAAGCUCUCAAAUAACAAGGGAUUUCGUGCAAAGUUUGAAGCCAUCACACCACUGAAAGGUAUGUUAUCUUUGGAACUGCAAAUGAUAACUCUGUGAUUGUGGCUUUAAGGACUUUUACAGCAAUUUGCGGUCCCAUUUCAGGGGGAAAAAACACUGCAGGUUCAAUAGGAAAGCUUCUUGUGAUCCAAGUUAAAUUCCCACUGCUCAGCCUCCCUCCGAAAGAUGGACGAGGCCUAACUCCGAAGCGAAGAGAUUCACUCUCGCAUGAAAGUCAAUAAUUCCUUCUUAGAAUGAGUUCUACAUACAAAUUAAAUUUAGCUUGUUAGCAAGUCCUCUCCACGAGUUCGAGUAGGGCACUAUACACAUUCACAACUUCUGCUGAGACGCCUCUGUUUCACUUUGUGGUUAAGUUGACUUGAAUAACACAAAGCGAAUGUCUUAUAGGACUUCGGUUUUGCUUUCUUUGGUCGAUUUUUAUUGGAGAUUUUGGUAUAUGCAUCUGUAGGUGUAAAAAAAAAAAAGAGAAAGUAAGGAAAAGUAAAGCAAAUCAAGGCAAAUACUUAGAUUACUUUCGACACUCAAUUUGAAUUUUUUUUAUAAUUAUUUGCUAUUCUUACUUACAUCACCUUAUUUCUCUCACUAGACAAAUGUCCAUGGAACGAGACUUUUACGGCUCGUGAAGGCUUGAUUCUGAGCCCGCGGUUUGCUCUAGAUUAUCCCGGCAAUAUGGAAUGCAUCUGGAGAAUCCAUGUCCCCGAAAAAUCCAGAGUGGAAUUUAAUUUUUCAACACCGAUCUACUUUGACCCGAAUUGUACCGACGUUAUAGAAAUUAGAGACGGACUUCAUGAAAACAGUCCACUGCUCAAACGGUAUUGUGCCUCCUCAGCCACUCCUAACGGGAUCGUUUCGACCGGAAGAGAAAUGUUUGUGCGCUUCAAGUCAGACGGCUACAUACGGGAUCAUGAAGUUUCUAUGGCAGGGUUUAACGCCAGCUACUAUGCCGUGUAUAUCAAGUCAGGUAUGCUUAGGGACCUGGCAUUAUUUGUCACGGGGAGGGAGGGG